CUCUCAACACGUUCAAUUGGGUAUCUUGUGUGUGACAGCAUCGCCCAUGCAAGUACACUCCCAUCUUCCUACUACACUCUCCUCUCUCGCAUUUGCCGUUGUAUGCGAUGGCGACUGGUAGAGAUGACGCCGGGUGCGACCGCCAGAUGGAGAACGAGCCACCGUCUUGUUUCAUUAGGUUCACUUUUGCAUUUCGCAGCCGACGCGUCCAUGUCGAGCAACUCGUCGCAGCCCCACACGCGACCGCCCGUCUACCGCGGCGAGAUCCGCACCGACUUUCGGCGUGGCGCCACCGCGUCGCCGCUCGCCCCCGAAGUCCGCACCGACUUUCGCGCGUCGGCGCGUCCCCAGGCGACGCCGCCCCACGAGGCGCGCACUGAUUUUCGGCGCACAGCCACGGCGUCGCCCGGUGUGAGCAGCCACGGACGCGCAUCGCCGGCGUCCACGAACGGCGGUCGCCACCCGUCGAGCGCCGACUCGAUCUCGUCCGGGCACUCGAACGAGCCGCACAUGCGCAGCAUCCACAGCAACCCGCACCACCCGCCGGCGACGAUCCCAGACGUGCCGCACCUCGAAGGGGACGUGGCCAUGCUCUCGAGUGAGAACGGCUUUGACGGCAAGCCCCAUGAAGGCAACGACGAGUACUACGCGUACCUCUGGACGAUCGAAGGCGCGCGCUACAAGAAGAUUUACUUUGGCCUCCCCGGGCUCGUGAUUGCGAUCGUGCUCGGUGUCGUCCUGGCCUUUGGCGUCGACCAAGCGACGCGCCUCUCGAACCUCUCGCCGGACGCCAUUGACGCCAUGCCCAUGGGCGACGUCCUCACUGAAAUCGCAUCGUACCAAGCCAACCUCGAGACGAAAAACAUGUGGAACGACUGGAUCAAGCUGCCGGGCGACAUGCUCAUCCGCGCGCUCUCAUGCCUCGUCGUGCCGCUUAUCUUUGUCAACGUGACGGUCGGGAUCGCCGACCUCUUCCGCCUCAGCAAGAGCAAGAUGGUCGGGUCGCGCAUGGUGUUCCUCUUCAUCACGCUGUCGCUGCUCGCGGCCAUCGAAGGGGUCCUCCUCGCUUCGCUUCUUCCUAAAAGCGUGUACCGCACCAAGUCGACGUCGCUCAUGACCGGGAGUACGACCAACAACGGGUCCAUUCCAAUGACCAUGGGGUGCCCGUUGAGCCCAUCGACCAACCUCACGGGCUUUGUCGGUGUCACGUCGAGCGGCGAGAUGGCGUGUAUGGCGCGGGAGACGACGCUCGCAAUCAACGAUACAAAUGCCGUGUACCAGCAAGCGUCGAGUGUGAACGCGACGACGCAAGGCCCGGAGCAAGUCUUCUUUACGCUCAUGAACGAACUCGUGACCGACAACCUAGUCGGCGCGUUUGUUCAAGACUCGGCGCUCGUGAGUGUCGUGGUGUUUGCGAUGCCGCUCGGGGUCGUCCUUGCGAAAAUCUCGCACUCGAACCACGCGAUUUUGGAUCUUUUCCGGCAGCUCAACUCGAUCUUCCUCAUCAUGAUUGGGUGGGUCAUCAACUUUGUGCCGAUCGCAGUCCUCUUCCUCGUCGCGUCGUCGUUCGUGCUGCCCGAAGACCCCACGUACACGAACCCAUUGCCCAAAGUGCAAACCUUCUCGAAAGCCGCGGCAAACGCGACCGCCGACACAAUUCUGUCGCCGGCCGAGGCCGCGCUGACGCUCGCGUACCGCCAGGCGCUCCACCUCAUCAUCGUGCGUCAAAACUCAUUCUUUGGCAACUUUUCGGCCGCGGCGCAAGCCAUUGGCGCGCUCACCGCCAUCUUUGCUGCUGGCGCGUUGCUGCACUGCUAUCUUGUGCUGCCAGUCAUCGGCUUUCUCACGACGCGCCGGAGCUUUUACGCCUACGUGUUUCAAAUCAAGAAGGCGCUCCACUUUGGCUUUGCCUCGUCGGCGUCGCUCGCGGCGUUGCCGAUGCUCAUCCAGGCCAUCGAUGCCACCCGGACAGUCUCGCAGCAGCUCGUGCGCUUUGUGACACCGGUCGCCACCGGUAUUCACAUGGACGGCGCGGCCUUCUACCUUGCGGCGUGCACGGUGUUUUUGAUGAAGUCGCAAAUGGCCAGCGACGACGUUGGCGCCGACGCGUUUGGGCUCGGUAUCGGCAAGGUCAUUCUGAUCGUCUUUGCUUCCGUGAUUACGUCGUGGAACGUCUCGCCGAUCCCGCACGGCGGCCUCAUUUGGGUCACGGCGGUGUGGAACUCGGUUGUGAGCGACGUGGCGCCGGCCAACUUCGUGUGGAUCGUCGCCAUGGACGUGCUUUUGGACCGGUUUGCGACGUACAUGAACAUCAUGGGCAAUGCCGUCGUGACGCGCAUCAUUGCCGAGCAAAUCGACGAGACGUACGUCGACGAACAAGACCGUCUCGACUCGAUCGACGACGCGACGCCGCCGAUUGCGAUCCCGACGCGGUCGUAAUGUCCUGUACUACUAAAAGACAAUUAUAACCACAGUACCCAAAACCUCGUCGGAUUACACGGAGGUAUUAAGACUGUACGACUACAACUUAUACACCAUCAACACGUUUCACUUUGUG